CCGCCGAGUUGGUCGUUGGCCGAGUUGGUGAAAGGGUAUUCUUCUGGUUCGCAACAGCUUGGCAGGUGGUUGCAAUAUUUCGCGUAGCUCGAACACCGGUGUUGAUCGAAAGGAAGAAACGUCUGAAGCUCUUCUCUGGCAACCCACCUCUUCAACCUCACCCUCCGCAUCGCAAAUGGAAUUGAACGUCAGAAGCUCGCCCCGCCCCGAACAAACCAAUUUGUGCAAGCAAACAAUUCCGUGGAGAUGCCGAACACACGAUUCUACGUACACCCUGUACAGGCUGGGUGAAAGGUUGUCUACCGGAGUGAGAUUGUACGUGGAAACCGGAAGGACAGAUGGAUUGGAUGCUGACGGAGACUCGCCUAACAGUCUUGAUUCGUUUACCGGACCUCCUGUGCCACAAGGGGAAGGAAGUAGUAUCGCGAAAGCGUUUUUGGAUGGCAAUCACACGUUGAUAAGCAUCAUGGCUCGUAUCAAUCCUAGUCCAGACUGGUUUGUGGGCGUUGAUUCGUUUCAAUUAUGCGUCGAGGGCAACUGGGUCGACACGGUUACCGUCGAGCUGGACCCGUUGGACGGUGGAACGGAUAACGGGUUCACAUUUACGGCUGCCAACUGGCCAACGCAACCCCAAGGAAUCGCCUACAGGAUCACAUCGCGAUACCCGGCACAUCCCGCGGGAAGCUUUUAUUAUCCAAAUCUACCUCGUCUACCGCCGAUAGCAACCAUCACCUUCACCAAGCUACGGGAAUAUACGUUAACCGAAACGUAUCACGAAGAUGACGUGGAGGUGGAGUUUGUCAGCAACGACAAUCUACUAGCGAAUAGUCCGACCCCCAGAGGGAUCGAUCCGAACAGGGACCUGAACGAGGCUAUCGCCGAGGAACGAAAGGAAAUGGACAUCCAGAGAUACAGGUAUUGGACAACGACCGGAAGUGGCCAGCUGGUGACGGAUGUUCCGCGUGACAACAAGGCAGUGAUCAUGGACAGUAUCGCUUCCUCGUACGCCUGGCAAAGGCCAAGGUUUACUGGAACACCUCCGCCAAAAAUGACCAAGUUCGAUGGAAAAAGCAGCUGGCUUUAUUAUCAAAAUCAAAAUCAAAAUCAAAAUCAAAAUGAAAAGUACAAGGAAACAGAGGAGGCGCAAAAAGCGCAAAAAGCGCAAAAAGCGCAAAAAGCGCAAAAAGCGCAAAUCUUCAAGGAUAUUCAAAGGAAAAUGGCAAACGCGACCAAUGGAAACAGCCUGAAUCAUACGUGGAACUCUACCGACGCUAUGAGCCAACGUCAACACAGGCUUAGGAUGAAACAUCAUAGACUAACGUCGAAAGGGAAACGUGUGAGAACGCGUGCUCCCAGAGACUGUAAGGUCGGUGAAUGGGGUCCGUGGAGUGCCUGUAGUCGCAGCUGCGGUGUGGGGGAGACCCAGAGGACGCGGAAGAUAACGAUAAAGCCGCGUCGUGGUGGAUCAUCGUGUCCACCGUUGAAAGAGACCAAGUGGUGUGGGAGCGCGAGCCCCUGUUCCGAUGGCAAAUCCAUCGUGGACAGCUAUCAAUGGUAGUCGCGUUCUCGUUGUCGUUGGUCAAGUGGAAAUCUCGGACGAUUUAGCCUAAACGGUCGAGAGGAAGAGGAUUCCAGCGACUCGGGUAGGGGGGAAGUCUAGAGAAAAUCCCUAGACGAACACGUCAUUAAUGGGGGAUCGCGCGAAUGAACGUUAUCGUAGUCGUAGAACCAAAGAUUUCGCAUGGAUCAAGACAUCUGAUUGGGACUUUUUUCCAACGAUUCGGAUAUAAUAUACACGUAUGUGCCAGUCGAAAUGUUAAAUGCGUCGAACAGGCACGGUUCGUCAUCGGCUGAUUCGACGAAUCGGAAAUAGGAUAAAGCUUGUCGCGAUUCGACGAGAAUUCGAACCGGUUUACGGAUUAUCCUGCCGGGAUAAAACGAAUUCCCGUACGAGAUCCACUAAAACUCGAAUACGAGCGUCCUAGUUCCCAUCGAAGCGGAUAUCCGAUCCAACGAAUUCGUUUCUAGCCUGAAACGGAGGAAGGAAAAAAGAAAAUGUAAGAAACGAUGAAAGUAAGUAAAGAGUUUUGCGAAGGUUAGAAAAAUUGCCGGCAAUUCCCUGAGGUUGAAGCGUUGAACGCAAUUAACUCAUUGGUCUCUGGCACGUGUAGAUGUAUAGGUAUAGCUGUAUGUAUGUAUGUAUGUAUGUACAUACAUCUGUGUGUAACGAACGAAAAGGACCGUCGCGUCGCGUCGCGUCGGUGGAUAAGAAAGUUUGCGGAAGAAAUUCAACGAAUGGCUCGCGUGUCGAUCGACAGUCUUAGAGGGACUUAGGCUUUGCAUUUCUUUGCCAUAUCCCGCCGCUCGCGCUUGGCUCGUGUUCGGGGCUUGUUCGAAAGUUUCAGCCAUUUCUAUCGAUUCGAUGCACCUACCAUGGAUUAAUUUUCAGCAAAAUUCAAAUCUUCAAUCUAUUUAGCAGCUUACGUUUUUUUAUAUUAUUUAGAAUGCGAAGAAUAUGCUUCCUGCAAUAUCAAAUAAAGGAUCAGAGUACGCGCCUGCUUAUUAUUUGGUCCAAUUCAUGCGAACAUCUACUAAAUGAAAGAAUGAAAAAUACCAAAAAAGAAAGAUCUUUUCCCGACGUUAGUAAUACGAUCGUCCGUUCUCGUGGCGUAUUGGGGAAAUUUUUACAAAAAAUGAAAAAAGAUAUCAUCAUCAGGUACAUACGUCUUAGGUGAGUGUAUUAUAUCUUAGGGAUAACUUUAACGAUAAUAAUUAACAACUAACGUUUAAUGGUAACUGGUUAAUUAACAGGCUCGUAUCGUGGUGCAGCGGCUUGUCUUUCUCGCGUUUAUAUCAUUAACGAUCUGCAAUUUUAUCACAGCCGAUCAAAGAUAAUCACUCAGGUUUUAAUUAAAUUAAAGAGAGGGGGGAAGAGAGAAGUAAGCAAAUCGAAGUAGAAAUGUCUAUCGUAAAUUUAUGAUUGGGGGUAUUAAAAGAAGAAAAAAAAAAAAAAAAAAUAAGAUUCGACAUUAGCUAGCGAGACAUGGAAGAAACUCUUGUUGGGUUUCAUUUUUUUAUUAACCACGAAGCAGGUAGUUUCGAGUUCCGGUGAAUCGUGAAAUUUCUCGCGGUAACAAUAACAUGACGCAACGACGAAAGGUUCGUUUUCUAGCGGGAAAAGGAAGGAACAGGCCGUCGCAGUUUUAGCAGCAUUAAGAAUGAACGUUUUAUAAACUAAACGCUCGAGGGAACGAUUUCGUAACGAAAGUUUCAACGACACGGUGAAAAAGAGAGAAAGAAAGAGAGAGAGAGAGAGAGAGAGUAAAGAAGUAGAGCUGUGUAGUUUGCCUAAGAAAUAAAAGCGCGAGAUAACAAGGAGUAGACGUUACCAAAGAAACGCCCGUGUAAAUGUAUAUCUUAUCCUUUCUCCUCUGUUUCCGCUUCUACCUUCUCUAAUAUUCCCUCGAAACUUCCUUCGAACCAUCCUUUUCAACCCUCCUUCUUAUUGUCCUCCUGUAUCCAUCAUUUUUCUUCUCGACUCUGUUCAAUCCCUUCCAUCGUAUGCAUACAACUUGACGCUUUUUUCUCUCUUUCCCCUACUCUCCAUUUUACACAUGAGAGAAUUCACGCGGACAAUGACAAAUCAACGAGUGUGAGCAAGAUGGGGUGCAGGGUGGAGAAGGGAGAGAGAGAAAGAGACGAACGAAAGAAAAAGGGAGGGAAGGAAGAAAGGAAGAAAGGAAGAAAGGAAGAAAGGAAGAAAGGAAAAAAAAGUUAAAACAAAGAAAAAAGAAAGGAGGAUGAUUCUGUACAAGUCACUGUGCAUUCUAGCCUCUAAGGAUUUAGCUGAUAGGACUUUAGCUGUUAAGCAAAAUCAUGUAGCAAUGUAUAACACGAUAAGUUUAUAUUACAUAAUAAAAUCUGUCGAUAAA